AAAUCGACCUACCCAACUCAUGAUUGGUAGCGGUGAAAUUUGCUUGCCUGUUAAUCUUACUGGCGAAGAAGAUACAUUCCAUUUAAAUCCAACCAAAUACAAAACUAUUGAGCCUUCUUUGAUUCUAUAUUAAUAGCCAACACGGUUCGCAGUUAUCAGAAAUAUUAGUAAUUUUUUUAAUGGCUUCAACGGGGGGUCUGGUGCCCAUAACAAGGACGUUUCUCGCAACUUACUACGACAAGUACCCAUUCGAUCCACUCCCCGAUGAUGUAUCUCGUCUUUCCUCUCAGAUUCGAUCUUUCGGCCAGGAUUUGAUCGAAGGCUUUCCGCGACUGAAGGUGAAAGCUUAUUAAUACAAGAAGCUGACAGUAAGCCUCCGCAUAAAAUGGAUGAGAACAUGUGGAAAAAUAGAGAACAUAUUGAAGAAAUUCUGUUUCUACUUGAAAGACCUCACUGGCCUCCUGUUCUUCAGCAGUCAUCAACAUCUGAGGUUGCAGAAUUUUCUACUGUUCUUGGGAAGCUCAAGGAUAAACUUCAGACAACUCUGAGGAUAUUGGAGUCUUUCCAAUCAAGAAACUCAGAACGAAUAUUCAACACAGUUAUGACCUACAUGCCUCAAGAUUUUCGAGGAACACUCAUCAGACAACAAAAGGAGAGAUCAGAGAGGAAUAAGCAAGCAGAGGUAGAUGCUCUGAUUAAUUCUGGUGGAAGCAUACGUGACCGAUAUGCUUUGCUAUGGAAACAACAAAUGGAAAGGAGGAGACAGCUAGUGCAGCUUGGUUCUGCAACAGGUGUCUAUAAAACCCUUGUGAAGUACUUGGUUGGAGUUCCACAGGUUUUAUUGGAUUUUAUUCGGCAAAUAAAUGAUGAUGAUGGGCCCAUGGAAGAGCAGCGGCAACGCUAUGGACCCCCUUUGUAUAGCCUUACAAGGAUGGUGCGUUUUAUCCGUCUCUUUCUUUCUUUAGAAUGGCGAAGAUUUGAAGCUCUUAAACCAAAUAGGCUUCAGAUUUCAGUCUUGGAAGAAGCGGUUGAUGUCUACACCUCCGAGCUUCAGAGGUUCAUAAACUUUUUAAGUGAGGUCUUUGCAAAUUCGCCGUUCUUUAUUUCAGCAGAGGAUGGCAGCUUGUUAGAAAUGAGGAAAAAAGAUGAUUACAAGGAGAUUACUGUUCCUUCCGGGAAAAGUUAUGAGAUUUCAUUGACAGUGGAGUCGAUCAACUCAUAUAUUGCUUUGGAUUUCUCAUUGCUGCAGGGCAAGAUGAACAUGGAUAUUGGAUUUAGUGUGGAGUACACAAAUAAUGGUGGAGAAAAAACACAAAUAUUACCUUACCGGCUUUGUGAGUCGGAUCAAGGAAACUUCAGCACAUUCAAGGCUGGAAACUACAAACUCAUCUGGGAUAAUUCAUAUUCAACCUUUUUCAAGAAGGCCAUUCGAUGCAAAGUGGAUUGUAUUCCUCCUGUUCUGGAGGAGUCGCCAGUGAAAGAACUGAAUUGGAAGAAUGAUGAUGAAAAUGAUAAUGGGCUUUGAUGCAACAAAUUCGUGUCUUGUAUUUUCAUGUUGAAUCGGAGAUUCUUGCGUGUUAAUUUUAUGUUGCUGCCCAACCAUACCCUUUGUACAUCGUUCAUCUGUUUGACUGACAACAAAAACCAAAAGAAUUUCCCUGCAUAAUGUAAUGUCGAUUCUUGUAUAUCAUAACAGUUGGGCAAUUUGCAUCAACCGCUGUCUGUUUCGGUGGGCUCGGCCUUAACUCAUUAAAAUUCCGACUUGGACUU